GAAAGGAGCGCUCCAGAAGUGUGUGUGUGUGUGUGUGUGUGUGUGAGAGAGAGAGAGAGAGAGAGAGACGUCCGUUUAAACACCACUACAAGAUUGGCUCGGAUAAGACUUUCAAGCUGCAUCCCAUACCCAUUGAGCCAUCCUUGAUUCUGGAUGUUGAGGAGGUGCCGGAGCGCUGGGCAUUGUGUUGGUGCUGCGUGGUGCCUGUGCACCCUGGCUGGGACGAGCCCGCGGCCCUGGACCCCCAAGCCGGGACGGGGCACGGGCAGAGCGCCAUGGUAACGCACAGCAGGCUCAACGGCGCCAUGAGCAGCAACCCCUUCCAAGGCGGAGUACGCCUGCCUGCCCACCGCUACAAGACCUUCAGCUCCAGGGCGCAGUAUCAGAUGGUUCUGGCGGCUGUGCGCAAACUGCAGGAGAGCGGCUUCUACUGGGACGCUGUGAGUGGGAAGGAGGCCAGCGCUCUGCUGAGCACUGAGCCACCCGGCACUUUCCUGGUGCGUGACAGCUCUGACAACCACCACUUUUUCACCUUAAGCGUGAAAACGGCCACGGGCACCAAGAACCUGCGUAUCCAAUGUGACGCCUGCUCCUUCUUUUUGCAAACAGACCCACGCAGCUUGCAAACUGUGCCACGUUUUGAUUGUGUGCUGAAACUCAUACAUCAUUAUAUGCCUUCUGCCAGAGAAGCAGGGGCCAUGUCUGUAGUCCCAUCUGGAGUGGACAGUGAAGGUGGCAGCAGUGGGGCAGAUGGGAGUACAUACUUCAUUUACUCUGGAGGAGAGAAAAUCCCACUGGAGCUGCUGCGCCCUCUGGCCUCCAGCAUGUCCACACUGCAGCACCUCUGCCGCAAGACACUUAACGGUCAUAUAGAUGUGUCUAGUAAACGGGACCAGCUGCCUCAGUCGCUCCAAGAGUUCCUUGAGGAGUAUGAUGCACCCAUAUAACAACCAUUACAUGGUUCUGGAGCACAGAGACUGAACCAGAUAUACAGAACUGUAUGAUGGGUAGUGGUGGAAUUGACCAGCAAAAGCCCACAGGAAGAUGGAGAGCAGUGCAGUGUUAUGAAGCUCUGAAGUUAAAUAAGUGUAUGAGUCGUCUGCUCUGAGAAGCUCUCUGCAUCUAUCAGAAUUGCGGGCAAGCUGUAGCCUACUGUGCCUUCACCCGCUAUAGCUUGACCUUAGGCAGGGAGUUGCUGUUUGAUGGACAGCACAAAGUAUGGACUCGCAUGCAAUGGGAUGAACAGCAGAGCAGCCAGGACCGAAAGCAGAUGAUCAGAGGCGUUGUGUUUUAGCCUCCUACUUUUGGAGUCUGUUCUUGGGUCUGUUUGGAGAAAAAACAGAAACCCUGUUGAAUAUUAACACAGUUGAUAGGUGAUCAGUACAAGGGUUGAAUGUGCUGCUAUGGCUGAGUUGAAGCCUUUGCUAUAUGAAUAAAAAGCUCUCUCACACAGUUUCAUCCCCAGUUGACACACUGACUGUUGAAAGAAGAGUUUUGGACGUCUGUGUUUGAGGGAGUGGCUAGCGUCGUCUGUGUGAAAUGACAUAUAGAUUUCCACUGCAGGCUGCCAGACAUAAUUGCCUCAUGUGUGGGGAAGUAAACGGGGUGGCUACUCACUACUGGCACCGCUGGGUCAACACUGGCAACUAUGCGGGGUCACAACACAAGACUGAUGUUUAUAAAUGCAUCAAUACAAAGGAUCAACGUAGACAAAAGAGGCCUCUGAUAUUCCAGCAGUCUCUGAAGGAAAGCUUAGUGGACUGUUGUUGCUUUAUUUUUGACAGGCAAAGUGUCACUCUUUUGCUGGGAAAUUUCAGAUGGUAAUAGAACAUUCAACAUGUUGGUGAUGAUAUUACAAUACAACACAAACUUCCAAGAGUUGACAGUUCAUAUACUGUGAAACAAAGCCAAGCACAGUAUGCAAAACCCUUAUUUACCCAUCCUGGAGUUUGACAUGGAGGAUUGUGUUCCUCUCAAACCAGAGGCAUUCCUUCUGUAUGCGCUAAGAAGUAAUCAGUCAUGCCUCAUAUCCCUCAUUCAGUAACAAUGACGUAGUAUUUCUUCAACAGCACUUGCUGUCUACAAUUAAAUGAAUGUAUUGUAAGUCAGUGGAAGGUUUUAUGGUUCAACUUAUUAUUGCUUUCUUGCUUUUUUGUAUUUUGUCAAAUAGAGACAAUGUUUACAUGUGUCACCACAAGAGGACAACAUGUUUUUGUACUCUGUCUUUUAUAAAGAUUUGGCAUCUUAAGGUCUAGUCUAAUGACCCACAGUGCAAGCUUGAAAAUCAGAAAACCUGAAAACAAUGGCAUUACAACAGAAAAUGCAGCAAGGAACUUUGCACAUAUUUAUAUUUAUAAAAUAUUUCGAUAAUUUAUAUUAAAGAGUAAUAUUUUUACAAAAUGGAUCUUGUGUGCUUAACUUUUAUUCAGUCGGUUACUAUGUUUAUUACAUGCACAUUUAAACAAAAGUACUUGCCAACCUUCCCAUUUACUACUCAUGACAAACACAGACACACAAUGAUAAAUAUACCACAUCGUCUCUCUCUAUGAUACACGAAAGACUGAGGGUCACUUCAUUCCUUCACAUUUCAUGCCUGUGCUGUCAGGAUGUCACCUUGUACAUUCUGUUCAGCUCAAAACUGAGCUCUUUACAUCUUUUCAUGCUGAUAAUAUAGCUUAAUCCACAUCAUAGCAAAACUUGGGCAUCACACAUGCUGUAAUGCCUCAGUGUAAUGUGAAAACAUUCAAAUAUAAAUGUAACUAUUAUAAUGCUUACCAUGGAAAUGAGAGUAUAAAAUGAGUUUAAUUUACUGUGUUCACAGGCCAUAGAAAUUCUGUAUAGCAUUAGCUCUAAGGAUGAGACUCCAAUUCUGGGCUCUUAAUGUCUCAUUGAUUACCAACUCGUUGAUUGAUUAUUUUGCACUGUAAGUAAAAGCUGUUAUUAAACCUCUUUCUUUUCUUAUUGUAAUUGACACACCAUAAAAGAAGUAGCAGAUGCAAAACCACUUAAUGUUAAAAUGAAAAUGAAAUAAAUGAUCCAUAAUGAAUAGUCAAAUCAAGAUAGAUGUUUGAAAACUUUGGUCAUAGUAAGUGUUAGAAUUUAAGCAAAACAAAUUAUUAUUUUGUUUAUGAAAAGGUAAAUUCAUUCCCUAGUAGUGAAAUGCACAUAGCAAUUGCUAUUAUUACAGUGUCAUCGUAGAAGAGGGCUUUUGAAGAAUUAAAUCAAUAGAGUAAUUAAUUGUAACGUGUUUGCACAGUCUCAGCUUACUCACUCAGUCAUCAAGGCUUUACUCUCUCUGUGUGAUAUCGAAACAGUGAAUAGCUCUGAAGAGACAGAUUUAGUUUUCAAAUAUGAAUAAUAUAUUUACAUACAUACAUAUACAUUCAUGUGAAAAAAAUAAGCACACUCCCUGGAAAUUGUUGGCUUUUCUGACAUAUUUGGACAAGCAAAUAUUUGAUCAUCAUUGAAACAGUGCCUAUUAAUGAAGUUGAUAUACUUACACAAAAGUACUAGGAAAAUUAGCUUUUUUACUCAUUUGUUUAUCAGAAAUAUCAAUAAAUGUGAUGUUCUUCAGUGGAAAAAAUAAGUACAUCCUCGGCCUCAGAAGCUAGUAUUGCCCCCUUUAGCAGAAAUAACUUCUUGUAGGCAUUUUGCAUAAUUGUCCACGAGGCUUGCUGGAAACUUUGCCCACUCUUCCAUGCAAUAUUAUUUCAGUUGCAAGAUGUUUGAGGGUUUUCUUGCAUGUACUCCCCAUUUCAAAUCCCCCCAUAACAUUUCAAUGGGAUUCAAAUUCAGGUUUUGACUAGGCUAUUCUAUAACCAUCAAUUUCUUCUUUUUGAGCAAUUCUGUGGUGGAUUUGCUAGUGUGCUUAGGAUCAUUAUCCUGUUGAAAGAUCCACUUUCAGUUCAACUUCAACUUUUGGACAGAUGGCCUAAUAUUAUCUUCAAGCACUCUUUGAUAUGAUGCAGAAUUCAUAGUUGAAUCAAUGAAUGCAAGCUGUCCAGUUCUUGAGGCAGUAAAACAACCCCAAACCAUAACAUUUCCACCACCGUGCUUCGCAGAUGGUAUGAGGUGGUUCUUCUGAAAAGCUGUCUUUGGUCUGUGCCAAACAGGUCUCCUGUUACUGUGGCCAAACAACUCUUAUCUUUGAUUUAUCUGUCCAGAGCACAUUAUUCCAAAAGGCCUGGUCUUUGUCUAUAUGCUCAUUGGCAAACUGUAGUAUUACAAAGGCUUUUUCCUGGCACGCCUCCAAUGCAGGUCAAAUUUGUGCAAUCUCUUUCUGAUUGUAGAAGCAUGUACUUUGACACCAACAGUUGCAAGACAUACUAGCAUAUCCUGUGAUGAAAUUUUGGGGUUCUUGGAGACUUCUUUUUGCAUCAGAUGGUCUGCUCUUGGGCUGAGUUAGCUUGAACGGCCAGUCCUGGACAAAUUGGCAGUCGCCACUUGUAGAUUUUCCUUACAGUGGAAUGAUGUAUUUCAAAUAAUUUGGAGAUCUUUUUAAAUCCCUUGCCAGAGUCAUUGACAUCCACAACCUUUUUUCUGAAGGCCUUACAGAACUCUUUAGAUCUUGGCAUGAUGACACCACAAAAUAGCAAAGGGAACACCAGACAAUAAAUAUGAGAGGGGUAUAAAUAAGACAGGUUCCACCUGUACUCCCUAAGCAGGUUCUAAUCACUGGCACCCAAUCUUGAACAUCUGAUUCUAAUUUUAUGGAUUUGAAGGUGUGGUAAAAGUAGGGGUGUACUUACUUUUUCCAUGUGACUGAUUUCUUUUUUUGUUCAUUGAAAUUGUGAAAAUUACUACAAAAUGUCAAUUUUAUGUGUUAUUUGAUAGUGUAUCACCUUUAUUAAUAGGCACCGUUUCAAAGAGGAUAAAAUGUUUGCUUGUCCAAAUAUGUCAAAUAAACCACCAAUUUCCAUGGGUGUAUUUAUUUUUUCACAUGACUGUAUAUCCCCAGUAGAAAAAGCCUGCAGUUUUUCUGUCAGUGUUGACCAAGUUUA